UCCGCGGGAAAGCGAGUUGCGUAGCAGGGACGGACCUUAGGGAAAGUUAGAAGCGUAACUAACUGCACAGAUCGGUUAUUAAAUUAUACUCGAUUUGUUUGCGUGAUUGGAGUUGAGUUACGUGCUCCUGUAUACUAACGGUUGUAAUUAGUAUAGUUGAAGAUUAUUCAAGUAUUUUUCUUUUUUUCCCCACUGCGAUAGCGUUUCUGUGUUCUAGGCUGCAUCUCAGUAGCUAACGUUUUAUUUCACUUUACCGCUGUGUUGAGAAAAGAAGGAUGAGCCGCUACUUUACAAGACUGAAGAAAAGACGAGUGUAUUCCUGGAUUGGAGGGCCCUCCUUCAUGGACAGGAAACUUAAACAUGUGUUUUAUGAGGGUUUAUGUAUUAAAGCUGAUGGGGAUGACAACACCGGCUGCAUCAGGCCCGGGCACUAUAUCCUGAUUGAAGGAGAUGAAGACAGAUCCUAUGUAGCAAAGCUCCUCAAACUCUACGACGAUGGCACUGGCACAAGAUCCAGCAAGCAUGCAGAGGUGCAGUGGUUCAUCCGGUUCCACGAGGUCCCUCAGAACAAGAGGAAGCGGCUGGGCAGAGACCCCCACCCCAAUGAGGUCUUCCUGUACGAGAUCCCCAACUGUGACAGUGACAUUGACGCAGAGACCAUCAUCUCCACAGUCCAGGUGCAACACCUGGAGGAGAACUCCCCUUUCCCUGCUGCUCAAAGCCAGGAGAACACACUCUAUGUCAAGCUGUCCUGGGACGGGAAGAGCUUCAGCCCUGUGAACGUGGACCUGCUGCUGCAGAGCGGAGGGAAACCCCUGCUGCCAGCUAGCUCGCACACAGACAGCCUGCCCAAACCAGACCUGGAGGUCUCGAGGGGGCUGUCUGUGGACUCUCCAAGCCGAGCCACCCGGAGCGCAAGAAAGCAGCACAGCUCCAUCUCCAAAUACUCGCAGUCCAAGGAGCUCUGCGACAGGGAGCCGAGCAACGGGAUCUACUCCCCCGCCGCACGCAAGAAGCUUCAGCUCAGCAAUGCUGUCAAGCCCUCGGGGUCCAAGCUGACCCGGGACGAUGUUCUGGCCGAGUUGCUCGACGAGGACAGAGCGGUCAGCUCGCUGGAGGCUGAAUUGACCAGGAGGAGGGCUCUGGCCAGCAAGCCAUCUAGCUCCCCGUCGAAGAAACCUCUAGACGUCUGUAUCGUCCUCUCUCCCCUUCGUGGCGGCCUGAUCACGCAGGAACACCGGCUCGCCAACGGGAUCCAGAUGGGGCCCCGGCUACAGCCAGAGGAGCUGGGCAAGAGAACGCUGAAACGAGAGAGCGGGGCAGAGUCCACGGAAGGUGAGACUCCCUCGAAGAGAAAAGACUCAAUCAAAAAAGAUGCACCACUUGAUAGUCUGAGUGAGGAUGGCAGAGAGGCGCGGGGGCCUGUGCUGACGAUGACCCCGAGGUCCAGGAGGAAAUCUGCGCUGGUCUCCUCCGCCCGCAUUCGGCAGCAACUAAAUUAUUUAAACAGGAACCAGAGUACAGACUUUGAUGUAGACGAUGAUGAGGAGGACCUAUUCCUGCCUACAAAGAAGGACCUGAAGAGCAGCAGUGAGGAGGAGGAGGAGGGGGAGAGCGAGAGCGAGAGCGUCACGGGCAGGAGGGACAGCCGCAGUGCUGUGCCCCGUACCCCCAGAUCCUCUCGCAAGGCCCCGUCCAGGACACCAGCCAAGACCCCCAACAAAACACCUCGCAAAACACCCAGCAAAACGCCUGUUCCCAGGACACCGCGAACCCCACGGCACGCAACUCCUAGCAUUCCCAACAGGACCCAGCCGGCCAGGAAUCCUGGGAAUGUGCUGGAGGAAGCGAGAGCGAGACUGCACGUCUCCUCCGUGCCGGAGUCCCUGCCCUGCAGAGAGCAGGAGUUCCAGGACAUCUUCAACUUUGUGGAGAGCAAAGUCGUGGACGGGACUGGAGGGUGCAUGUAUAUCUCAGGUGUGCCGGGCACAGGUAAGACAGCCACGGUUCACGAGGUGAUCCGCUGCCUCCAGCACGCGGCAGAGCAGGAUGAGCUCCCCUCCUUCUGCUUCAUCGAGAUCAACGGCAUGAAAAUGACAGAGCCGCACCAGGCCUAUGUACAGAUACUGCAGAUGUUAACCGGGCAGAAGGCCACUGCAGAGCACGCUGCCACCCUGCUGGAGAAGCGGUUUAGCACCCCUGCCCCUAAGAGAGAGACCACAGUGCUGCUGGUGGACGAGCUGGACCUGCUGUGGACUCGGAAACAGAACGUGAUGUACAACCUGUUCGACUGGCCGACGCACCGGCAAGCCAAGCUGGUGGUCCUGGCCAUCGCCAACACCAUGGACCUGCCCGAGAGGAUCAUGAUCAACAGGGUGGCCAGUCGCUUGGGUCUUACCAGGAUGUCCUUCCAGCCGUACUCUUACAAGCAGCUGCAGCAGAUCAUCACCUCACGCCUGAACCGGGUCCGAGCCUUCGAGGACGACGCCCUGCAGCUGGUCUCCAGAAAGGUGGCGGCUCUGUCUGGGGAUGCGCGGCGGUGCCUGGAUAUCUGCCGCAGAGCCACGGAGAUCUGCGAGUUCUCCAGCCAGCGCAGCGGCUCAGGGCUGGUGGCAAUGAGCCAUGUGAUGGAGGCCCUGGAUGAGAUGUUCUCCUCUCCCUACAUCACUGCCAUCAGGUGUGCCUCGGUUCAGGAGCAGAUCUUCCUGAAGGCUGUUAUUGCAGAGUUCCGCAGGCUGGGGUUGGAAGAGGCUACCUUCCAACAGGUGUUCCGGCAGCACCUGGCUCUGUGCCGCGUCGAGGGCCUCUCGCCGGUCUGCAUGUCCGAGGGCCUCGCCACCUGCCUCAGGCUGGGAGCGUGCCGCCUGCUGCUGCUGGAGUCCAGCAACCGGGACCUGCACCUGCGUGUGCGGCUCAACGUGAGCCAGGACGACGUGCUGUACGCACUCAAGGAGGGCUAGAGAGAGAGCAGGGGUAAAGAGAGCCUGGCACUGGGAGGUUUCAGGAGGCUGCAUAAAGAUCAUUUACAACCAAGGUUUGACUGGGAAUGGAUUUUAUACCGCCCAACCUUAAAGGUAAAACGAAGAACCUGAAUUUUCAGGACUAAUGUUUUGUCGAAUGCUUUCAGUAGUGCAGAGCUGCAGAAGUGUGUGCUGUGUAGCCAGUGUACAUUGCAGAUUCAGUCAGGGGAGCCCCUGCAGCCCUGAAUAUCUAUGUAUGAGAUCUGCUUUCCUGCACUGUGGCUGCUGUGCAAGAAGAGUUUUAUUUCCAUCCCUGUUUGUUUUUGUUGUAUGAGUUUUGUUUUUUUUACAGCAGCAUAUGAAGAGCAUCUCUAUUUGUGUUGUCCCAUUUUCAACUCAAACAACUGAAACAGGACUUUUUAAUGUGUUUUUUUUUUUUCUCAAAAUAUGGUCUUAACAAAAAAAAAUUGAGUUGUAAUAAUUGAAUAUGUAUAAUAAAGAAGUUUUCAUUAGAUAUAGUUUCAAUUGAUCUUCGGAAGUAGUUAAUUAGGUCUCUCGAUGGAGGGAGGUUCAGAUUCCACUUCAUAUUUCCAUUGUUCACAUUUAUCUCAACCAAUAUUUCAUCAACCGCACAGCUGUAUGAACAUGUAUUAGAGCACCCCAUUGCUUCUGUAGUUCAGCAGUGUGCACGUGUAU